AUGUUCCUUGCUGCCAUUGGGCUCGACUUCGUCGUUAUUCGCGCUGGCAUAACGCUAGAGGCCCGGGCAACAGCAAUUGAGAAAUUCACCAACCCUAAUAGCCCCACAGUUAUCCUGUUAACGACAUUUAACUGUGGUGCCCUCGGCUUAAACAUGCAUGCCUGUUGUAGCCGCAUUGUCCUGAUGGAAGCUGCCCAGAAUUACAACAGCGUGUUCUAG